AGUAACUUGAAACGCCCCCCUAAGUGGAUAAUAGAGUGGUCUGCAUGUCGGUAAAUGAGAGACAGGUCCAAAGGUGAAGUCAUGUUUCAACACGGAUCUUUUCAUGUCCACAAAACCCGCGUUUUGUAUGCAGAACAAUACUCUUCUCAUGCCCCGUUUGCAUGUCGGUAUUUGGACGGAUGAAAAGUGCCCCCAUUCAACCACCAGUACUUCUUCAGCCGGGUUGUACUGAGAAGAAAACUAGCCCAACUGUUGUGAACGACGCGACACGGUUUCUUGAGAUCAUUCCCCAUUCACCUCGCCACAGCGGAAGUCUAGAGCCGCGGUAGGCAGCAACAAGUGGGUUGGAGAGACACCCCGCGAGUGUUUUGCUCUAUAUCGCACCAAAGGCUCUGCAUAAACACGCCGCCUGAGACUCUGCUCACGUGAUUUCAAGUGGCCUGUCCCUCAAGAGGACCCGGGAAAACGUCACUCACGGUCCGGGCUACUUCCCGACAAUUGUCGUCUGCAGCGAGAACGAACGCGCGCGACGUGACGCAACACUAACCGGGCGAUAAGAGACCCCCAGUUCCCGCUUGCGCGCGCCGGCUUUGCCUGGCUACAUCCCGACGUGGUCAAAUAAACAGUUCAAUGCUGUCAAACUUCCCACAUCGACCCCUCGUCAGUCGGCACCCAACCACCUGGUGUUAAAGUUCCCCGGCGAGAGCUCGAAGAAAGAUGGCGAGGUUGGAGUACGUGAGUUGGUCCCCUCGCCGCUACACACUGCGGGAGUUUCUCCGCUCCUGCGCCCUCCCCAAAAUCGUAAAGGUCACCCAAGGUCAUUAUGGGAACGCCGAUAUCGAACAGCUUGCUCUGGAUCAGGUGAUCAGAAUACACAAGGAGCAUACACAACGCCGAGUGGUCGCCAACGACAAACAUGGCCGACACCUCAGCAUACCGCUCAACUACCAGAGCGUUCUGUUCGAGAGAGUGCGGAGAGAAACAGACAAGAGACCGAGGAAAUCUGCCGGGACAGAGGAGCUGCCCGCUGCCUUUCCGAUGACCAUUGCGGACGUGGUGGCACAGUACCCUCUCCCGGUACUGGUCAAGAUCCACAGGUCUGAGGAGCUUCGCUUCAGCGUGGACAACAGGAAACAAGUGCCGAGGUUUGACGUCAUAGAGCUGACGGAUCUUCAAGAUGAAACCUACCUGCUGGGAAACACCAUCAACAACGGAUAUUUCAUGUACUGA